AUGGAAGACGCUCACACGAAAACAGCAACAGAAGUUCUUAAUUAUUUUGGUACGGACGUGGAAAGGGGUCUGUCACCGGAUCAGGUUAAAAGAAACCAAGAAAAAUAUGGUUUGAAUGAAUUGCCAGCCGAAGAAGGAAAAUCAAUAUGGCAACUCGUCAUCGAGCAAUUCGACGAUCUUUUAGUCAAAAUUUUAUUACUCGCUGCUAUCAUAUCUUUUGUUCUUGCUUUAUUUGAAGAACACGAUGAUCAAAUCACAGCUUUCGUCGAACCUUUUGUUAUUUUGCUCAUUCUUAUUGCAAAUGCAGUGGUCGGUGUUUGGCAGGAAAGAAAUGCCGAAUCUGCUAUUGAGGCUUUGAAAGAAUACGAACCCGAAAUGGGUAAAGUUAUCCGGUCCGAUAAAGCCGGUGUACAAAAAGUCCGUGCCAAGGAAAUCGUCCCCGGAGACAUUGUUGAAGUUUCCGUCGGUGACAAAAUUCCCGCUGAUAUUAGGCUUGUUAAAAUUUAUUCAACUACUCUCAGGAUCGAUCAGUCUAUAUUGACUGGAGAAUCUGUAUCCGUAAUUAAACACACGGAUCCCGUACCCGACCCCAGGGCUGUGAAUCAGGAUAAGAAAAAUAUUUUGUUCUCUGGUACGAAUGUUGCCGCUGGUAAAGCGAGAGGAGUUGUUAUCGGCACCGGUCUCAACACCGCUAUCGGUAAAAUCAGGACAGAAAUGUCAGAAACCGAAGAAAUCAAAACACCUCUCCAACAAAAAUUGGACGAAUUCGGUGAACAACUUUCCAAAGUUAUUUCGGUCAUUUGUAUCGCUGUUUGGGCAAUUAACAUUGGUCAUUUCAACGAUCCCGCACACGGUGGAUCUUGGUUAAAGGGUGCUGUUUACUAUUUCAAAAUUGCUGUCGCCCUCGCUGUUGCUGCCAUUCCAGAAGGUUUACCUGCCGUAAUUACAACUUGUUUGGCUUUGGGUACCCGUCGUAUGGCCAAGAAAAAUGCCAUCGUCAGAUCUCUUCCAUCCGUAGAAACGUUAGGUUGCACAUCGGUUAUUUGCUCAGACAAAACUGGAACCCUUACCACGAAUCAAAUGUCGGUCAGCAGAAUGUUCGUUUUCGACAAAGUUGACGGAAAUGAUUCAUCAUUUUUAGAAUUUGACAUCACUGGAUCCACUUACGAACCCAUCGGUGACGUAUUUUUGAAAGGACAAAAAAUAAAAGCUUCCGAUUACGAUGUCUUGCAAGAACUUGGUACCGUUUGCGUUAUGUGCAAUGACUCCGCCAUUGAUUUCAACGAAUUCAAACAAGCUUUCGAAAAGGUCGGAGAAGCUACCGAAACGGCUUUGAUUGUAUUGGCUGAAAAAAUGAAUCCCUUCCAAGUUAACAAGAGUGGAUUGGACAGACGAUCCGGUGCUAUCGUUGUCAGACAAGAAAUCGAAACAAAAUGGAAGAAGGAAUUCACCUUGGAAUUUUCUAGAGAUCGUAAAUCAAUGUCUUCUUAUUGCGUACCUUUAAAACCCAACAAAUUAGCUCCAGGUCCUAAAUUAUUUGUUAAGGGUGCUCCUGAAGGUGUACUCGAGAGAUGUACUCAUGCCAGAGUCGGAACUCAAAAAGUUCCUCUCACAUCAACCCUCAAAAAUAGAAUUUUGGAACUUACUAGACAAUACGGUACCGGUCGUGAUACACUUCGUUGCCUUGCUUUAGCCACAGCUGAUAAUCCCAUUAAAGCCGAAGAAAUGGACCUUGGCGACUCAACCAAAUUCCACGAAUACGAAGUCAAUCUUACUUUUGUUGGUGUAGUCGGUAUGUUGGAUCCUCCUCGUAAAGAAGUCGCUGACGCCAUUUCAAGAUGCCGAGCUGCCGGUAUCCGUGUUAUUGUAAUUACUGGUGACAACAAAGGUACUGCCGAAGCCAUUUGCAGACGAAUUGGAGUUUUCGGCGAAGAUGAAGACACCACCGGAAAAUCUUAUUCUGGAAGAGAAUUCGACGACUUACCUGUUUACGAGCAAAAGGCUGCUUGCGCUAGAGCUAGGUUGUUUUCUAGGGUCGAACCCGCACACAAAUCUAAGAUUGUUGAGUUCUUGCAAAGUAUGAAUGAAAUUUCUGCUAUGACGGGAGACGGUGUAAAUGAUGCUCCAGCUUUGAAAAAAGCCGAAAUCGGUAUUGCCAUGGGUUCCGGAACUGCUGUCGCCAAAUCUGCAUCCGCUAUGGUUUUAGCUGAUGAUAACUUCUCAAGUAUUGUGUCUGCCGUAGAAGAAGGUCGUGCUAUUUACAAUAAUAUGAAACAAUUUAUCCGUUAUCUUAUUUCUUCCAAUGUGGGUGAAGUCGUCAGUAUUUUUUUGACAGCCGCUCUCGGUUUGCCAGAAGCUCUUAUUCCAGUGCAAUUGUUAUGGGUCAACUUGGUCACUGACGGUUUGCCAGCUACGGCUUUGGGUUUCAAUCCUCCCGACUUGGACAUCAUGGAGAAACCACCGAGAAAAUCUGAUGAAUCUUUGAUUUCCGGUUGGUUGUUUUUCCGUUAUUUGGCCGUUGGUGGUUACGUAGGAGCCGCCACCGUCGGAGCUGCUGCUUGGUGGUUUUUGUAUUCACCGGAUGGACCUCAAAUCACUUACUGGCAAUUGACUCAUCAUUUGUCUUGCGCUGCGGGUGCUCCGGAAUUCAAAGGUGUCGAUUGCAGGAUAUUUAACGAUCCUCACCCAAUGACGAUGGCCUUAUCCGUAUUGGUAACAAUUGAAAUGUUGAACGCAAUGAACAGCUUGUCUGAAAAUCAAUCUCUUCUUACAAUGCCGCCAUGGUGCAACGUUUGGUUGUUGGCUUCAAUGGCCUUGUCUUUCUCUCUUCACUUUGUUAUUCUUCAUGUUGAAUUUUUAUCGACUGUGUUCCAAGUCACCCCGUUAGAUUUCGACGAAUGGAUAACAGUUAUGAAAUUUUCAAUACCCGUCGUGCUACUGGAUGAAACUCUUAAAUUCGUAGCCCGGAAAUACACAGACGGUAAGGGAUAUUUGUCAGGGAUUCACGGAGUUCUGCUAAUGUGGGUUGUUUUUGCGCUCCUUAUAUGGCACGGACCCAUAUAA